GGACCUCCGUGGACGGCAAAGCCAGCAGCGAAAGCGGGCCGGCGAAAGGCAGCGAGGAAGCCAAGGGCCGCUUCCGUGUCAACUUUGUGGACCCGGCUGCCUCCUCCUCGGCGGACGAGAGCCUGUCGGAUGCGGCGGGGCUCGGAGGCGACGGGCCCAACGUGAGUUUCCAGAACGGUGGGGACACAGUGCUGAGCGAGGGCAGCAGCCUGCACUCGGGCGGCGGCGGCAGCGGGCACCACCAGCACUACUACUAUGACACCCACACCAACACCUACUACCAGCGCACCUUCGGCCACAACACCAUGGACGCCGUGCCCAGGAUCGACCACUACCGGCACACAGUAGCACAGCUGGGCGAGAAGCUGCUCCGGCCCAGCCUGGCGGAGCUGCACGAUGAGCUGGAGAAGGAACCUUUUGAGGAUGGCUUUGCAAAUGGGGAAGAAAGUACUCCAACCAGAGACGCUGUGGUCACAUAUACGGCGGAAAGUAAAGGAGUUGUGAAGUUUGGAUGGAUCAAGGGUGUAUUAGUACGUUGUAUGUUAAACAUUUGGGGUGUGAUGCUCUUCAUUAGAUUAUCGUGGAUUGUAGGUCAAGCUGGAAUAGGUCUGUCGGUCCUCGUAAUAAUGAUGGCUACUGUCGUGACAACUAUCACAGGAUUGUCUACUUCAGCAAUAGCUACUAAUGGAUUUGUACGAGGAGGAGGAGCGUAUUAUUUAAUAUCUAGAAGUCUAGGGCCAGAAUUUGGUGGUGCAAUUGGCCUGAUCUUCGCUUUUGCCAAUGCUGUUGCAGUUGCUAUGUAUGUGGUUGGAUUUGCAGAAACUGUGGUGGAGUUGCUUAAGGAACAUUCCAUUCUUAUGAUAGAUGAAAUUAAUGAUAUACGAAUUAUUGGAGCCAUUACAGUGGUGAUUCUUUUAGGUAUCUCAGUAGCUGGAAUGGAGUGGGAAGCAAAAGCUCAGAUUGUUCUUUUGGUGAUUCUGCUACUUGCUAUUGCUGAUUUCGUCAUAGGAACAUUUAUCCCAUUGGAGAGCAAGAAACCCAAAGGUUUCUUUGGUUAUAAAUCUGAAAUAUUUAUUGAGAACUUUGGACCAGAUUUUCGAGAGGAAGAGACUUUUUUUUCUGUCUUUGCCAUCUUUUUUCCUGCUGCAACUGGUAUUCUGGCUGGAGCAAAUAUCUCAGGUGAUCUUGCAGAUCCUCAGUCAGCCAUACCCAAAGGAACACUCUUAGCCAUUUUAAUUACUACGGUGGUUUACGUAGGAAUUGCAGUAUCUGUAGGUUCUUGUGUUGUUCGGGAUGCUACUGGGAACAUUAACGACACUAUUGUGACAGAGCUAACAAACUGUACUUCUGCAGCCUGCAAGUUAAACUUUGACUUUUCUUAUUGUGAAAACAAUCUUUGUUCCUAUGGCUUAAUAAACAACUUCCAGGUAAUGAGCAUGGUGUCAGGAUUUGCCCCAUUGAUUUCUGCAGGUAUCUUUUCAGCCACUCUUUCUUCUGCAUUAGCAUCCCUUGUGAGUGCUCCCAAAAUAUUUCAGGCUCUGUGUAAGGACAACAUCUACCCAGCUUUCCAGAUGUUUGCUAAAGGUUAUGGGAAAAAUAAUGAACCUCUUCGUGGUUACAUCUUAACAUUCUUAAUUGCACUUGGAUUCAUCUUAAUUGCUGAACUGAAUGUUAUUGCUCCAAUUAUCUCUAACUUCUUCCUCGCAUCCUAUGCGUUGAUCAAUUUUUCAGUAUUCCAUGCAUCACUUGCGAAAUCUCCAGGAUGGCGUCCUGCAUUCAAAUACUACAAUAUGUGGAUAUCCCUUAUUGGAGCAAUUCUUUGUUGCAUAGUGAUGUUUGUCAUUAAUUGGUGGGCUGCACUGCUGACAUAUGUGAUAGUCCUUGGGCUGUAUAUUUAUGUUACCUACAAAAAACCAGAUGUGAACUGGGGAUCCUCCACGCAAGCCCUGACUUACCUGAGUGCGCUGCAGCAUUCCAUUCGUCUUUCUGGGGUGGAAGACCAUGUGAAAAACUUUAGGCCACAGUGUCUUGUUAUGACAGGUGCUCCAAACUCACGCCCAGCUUUGCUUCAUCUUGUUCAUGAUUUCACAAAAAAUGUUGGUCUGAUGAUCUGUGGUCACGUGCACAUGGGGCCUCGAAGACAAGCCAUGAAAGAGAUGUCCAUUGAUCAAGCUAAAUACCAACGGUGGCUUAUUAAAAACAAAAUGAAAGCCUUUUAUGCACCAGUACAUGCAGAUGACUUGAGAGAAGGAGCACAGUAUUUGAUGCAAGCUGCUGGUCUUGGGCGUAUGAAACCAAACACACUUGUCCUUGGAUUUAAGAAAGAUUGGUUGCAAGCAGAUAUGAGGGAAGUGGAUAUGUAUAUAAACUUAUUUCAUGACGCUUUUGACAUACAAUAUGGAGUAGUGGUUAUUCGCCUAAAAGAGGGUCUGGAUAUAUCUCAUCUUCAAGGACAGGAAGAAUUAUUGUCAUCACAAGAGAAGUCUCCUGGUGUCAAGGAUGUGGUACUAAGUAUGGAGUAUAGUAAGAAAUCAGAUUUAGAUACUUCCAAACCAUCUGGUGAAAAAACUAUUACACAUAAAGAUGAGGAAGAGGAUGGCAAGACUCCAACUCAACCACUGUUGAAAAAAGAAUCCAAAGGCCCUGCUGUGCCUUUAAAUGUAGCUGACCAAAAGCUUCUUGAAGCUAGUACACAGUUUCAGAAAAAACAAGGAAAGAAUACUAUUGAUGUUUGGUGGCUUUUUGAUGAUGGAGGUUUGACCUUAUUGAUACCUUACCUUCUGACUACCAAGAAAAAGUGGAAAGACUGUAAGAUCAGAGUAUUCAUUGGUGGAAAGAUAAACCGAAUAGACCAUGACCGGAGAGCGAUGGCUACUUUGCUUAGCAAGUUCCGGAUAGACUUCUCCGAUAUAAUGGUCCUAGGAGAUAUUAAUACUAAACCAAAGAAAGAAAACAUUAUAGCUUUUGAUGAAAUGAUUGAGCCGUACAGACUUCAUGAAGAUGAUAAAGAACAAGAUAUUGCAGAUAAAAUGAAAGAAGAUGAACCAUGGCGAAUAACAGAUAAUGAGCUUGAACUUUAUAAGACCAAGACAUACCGGCAGAUUAGGCUAAAUGAAUUAUUAAAGGAACAUUCAAGCACAGCUAAUAUCAUUGUCAUGAGUCUCCCAGUAGCACGAAAAGGUGCUGUGUCCAGUGCUCUCUACAUGGCAUGGCUAGAAGCUCUGUCUGAGGACCUACCGCCAAUUCUCCUAGUCCGUGGGAACCAUCAGAGUGUCCUUACAUUCUAUUCUUAAACCUUCUACACAGUGGACAGCCCUUCAGAUGGUACUUCAUUGCCUAGUGAAGUAAUUGAAAUCUUCAGUGACACGUUAACAUCACUAUGGCGAACUGUGACUUUUCUUUCACUAUUUCAUUAAUUUGAAAGCACACAGGGAAGUUGUUCCAUUGACAUGUGAUGGAGACUUCAGUUUUAGUAAUGUAUCUCAGUUUUAAUGAUGAUUCCUUGUUGUUGGACUAAAGCUCACGAGAGUAAAGUUUUCCUUUGCUACUUGAAUAGCAAUAAAAGUGUGUUAUUUUUUGAUUGAUGAAAGGAAUACAAAAAGCCUUUAGCCUUGAGGUGCCUUCUGAAAAUAACCAAAUUUCAUCCAUAUAUCCUCUUUUAUAAAUUUGUAGAAUGUCAAACUUUGCCUUCAGCUGUUAUUUUUAUUUCUAGUCUCUACCACCUUAAAAUAAAACGGACACUGCUUUUCUUCUUCCAUUGAACAGUUAGCGUUGAGUACUGUAUGUUUUCGAUUAUUUUUGUAAAGGUAUAGGUUAGAUAUUAAAGGUGAGAGCUAGGGAAAGUUAAUGAAAAAAAAAAAA